AUGAUGUUCUCCAAAAUCCAAGCUCUGGCCCUGAUCAACUUCAUUGCUCUCUCCUCCGCAUACAGCUCGCCGCAUUGCAAUGUGGAAUUCUACUCUGUCUCAGACUGCUCUGGCACUCCUGACGCUUCCUGCGUUCCAGACGACAUGUCUGAUACUGAGUGCACCUGGAAUACCUGGGUUGGCUCAAUCUACUACAGCGGCUGCGGCACCCAGGAAAGUCCUUCGUUUGUCGGCUGCAACGGAGACCCUGGUGUAUGCGCUAAUGCCUGGAGCAUUGCAAUUCCAGGUGCUUCUGCCGGCUGUGUUGAGAUCGGAACUUACGAUGGAUUUGUUACUGUCUACGACAAUAAUCCUGCUGGCUGCGGUGACUGUGUUGGAACUGAAGCUUGA